AUUGAUUGAAGUUAGACAUUAACAACGUUGGAUCACAGUGAUCUAGAGGUUAAGCGUUCGCUCGCGAGACUGAUAGGUCCUAAGUUGAAAUCUCAUGAGGCGGGAUCGUCGAUGCGCACUUUUGAGGAGUCUCAUACUAGGGCGAAACAGCCGUCCAGUACUCUCAACUGAAUAAUCACAUUCUGAAUGACUCAAUCAAUAACUGAUAUUCAGUGGUAUAUAAGAGUUAAAAUAGAUUACAAUUUUAAUGUAUGAUUACUUCAUAUCGUCAUGGUAAAAUCAUACUUUAGGGACUGGCAUAAAACAACCGUGAUAAGUUUCUGUCUAGUUUCUAAUCAGUCAGGAAGCAACUUUGAUAAAUGGAUAGUUUAUGGAAAAGAAAACAAUGAUAUUGUACACAUUUUACAUAAGUAAUAAAUAUACUAAUAUUAUUUUUACAGGUUAUUCUCCCUGAAGGCCGAAAAAACCAACAGCUUAUGAAAUCGUUCAAAUGAAUACAGCUCGAUCAUCUAUCCGAAUACUAAAGAAGAACAAGAGACAUUUUUUAAUAGUCAACACCAACUUCCUGUCGAAAGCCAUGAAAACUACUUACUUAUAUCAAUAUAUGAAGACAAUUGUGAACACACGUUUCAUUAUGAGAACGUUUUUAUCUUAGACAGAGGCGGUAAAAAGAUCAUAAGUUUUUCAGAUGUUUGAGGCUCAGAUCAACCUGAAAUCAGCAGAUAUUUCGAAAUUUUCAUAACUCAAUUCAAUCUUCUGCUAGGUUAGAAUCAAUUACGAGUUCUAGGGAUCUAAAGUCCCCAGCACACCUCCACUUUUUAAUUGCAUACUUUCCUGGGGUAGACUUGCGUUUUGACUGUAGUUCGCCGCUGUUGGAGAGGCUACCUUCUGGAACGGAUACCAGCUUGUCGUUGAUCUUUUUCUCGUGGUGGGGCUGCCGGUAAGCUCGAGGUAUCGAGCAGGAGAGAAUUGUCACGUCAGAUGCAGUGUCUAUUUGCAAUCUAAACGGAUGCCCAUUAAUACUAAGGGUAACGAAUUUCCUCUGACCUGGGGAUGAGCUUUGACAAAAAGACAUCAGGCUCAACGAAGUGGUACAGGGUUUAUGAACAGUCUUCUUGGCACUUCUGGAUCGGUUUGGCUUCCUCUUAAGACAAAACCCGUCUUUAUGACCGACGACCUCACACUUCCCGCAUCGAUAUUGCCUAAAUGGACAGUUUCGUACAUAGUGCCAUGCACUGCAGUGCCAAGAUGGGGCAGGAGGAUUUGUUUUUGUCUGUUGACUUGAACUAGUAGCUGGGGCAAAUUUAUGCGGGUUGGGUGGUUUUUGGACUACAUGAGUUUCGGUACGACCUAAACGACCACGCUGGACCAUCGUGGUGUCACGCCGUAGAUUCAUUAGACGUUGAUAUUCAUUUACAAUAUCAUUGAGUGUAAAUUUGGGGUCUUGGUCUAAUCGACUAAGCAGCCGUAUUAUAAUGUCACUAAACUUCUGCGAUUGGAGACCGCAGAUUAAAAUAAGGGCUUUGAAUCGAUCUUCAGUCAGCGACUUCAACCGACGGUACUCCUAUACGUGAGAAAAUCAGCGUCUUUGUUUGUAGUCAGCUUGAACCAUCGAUAACGUAGGUUGAUUAGUGAAGAUUUAUCUCCAAACUGUUGGCUCAAUGACUGGACGGUGUCAGAGAAUGAAUGUUCACGUGGGUUUAGAGGCAAAAUUAAGUUGCAAGAUCUAUUUAAUUCACUAAGAACCAGUUUUCGAAGCAGCAAGCAGACUUUCCAAGCAUCAUCCCGAUUAGCGAGGUCAAAUCUGAAUAAAUCUUUAUAACGUCGAAACCACAUACCAAAUGUGACAUUGGAAUCAGGAUCAUAAGGAAACUCUGAAGUACUAUUCGCAAUACAAUCAACUAACGGUGCAGUAGUAGUGGUAGAAGUGCUUGGUUGUGCGUUAGGCGUAAGCUUUGCAUCUUCUAAAAUCGACCCUUUUACUGUUUAUCCGGUUAAUUAUAUUUUGUAGUUGUAAUUUGGCCUGACGUCUUGGGCUAAUGCAUAUUUGCCCCAAAUUGUCUGUUAAUCAUAAUUAUCUGAUUUUCUUUAUCCUAAUUGUUUCUAAACUUUUUUCCCAGAGUACAUGUGUACUACACCUAAAUAUCAUUCGUGAUAUAUUUCAAUCAAAAAAUUUAAAUUAUCAUACAGAUAAAUAUUUACAAAAAGCAUUAAUUAUUGCUUUGGAUGGUGUUGGAUGUGGAGAUUUAUCAGUGAGUUUGUUAUAUAUCUA